AUUCUAGCCGGGGCUCAGAUUGUCUGUGUGAGAACGAAGAAGAAAGGACGAUGGGCUUUCUGCUGCUGAUCCUUCUGGCUCUGCUAGCCUCUCUCCUGGGGGGCUUCUACCUCCUGGGGGCUGUCAGGCAGCGUCGACCUGGGGAACCCCCCCUGGACCGGGGCCCCAUCCCCUGGCUGGGCCACGUCCUUGAGUUCCGCAGGGACACAGCAAAGUUCCUGGAGAGGAUGAAGGGGAAGCAUGGGGAUAUUUUCACCGUACAGCUGGGAGGAUUCUACUUCACAUUCCUUAUGGACCCUCGGUCCUUCGGGACGAUUGUGAAGGAGGCCCGCACCAAACUGGACUUCAGCAAGUUUGCACAACAUCUGGUGCAGAAAGUGUUUGGUUACCACUCAGACCACAGGUUUCCUCAGAUGUCCAGCAACAAGCACCUGAUGGGGGACGGUUUAGUUGUCAUGACACAGGCUAUGAUGAGCAACCUACAGAAUCUGAUGCUGCAUAGUGUAGGGACGGGGGAUAAUAACCAUAUGCCCUGGAAUGAGGACGGUCUGUUCAACUACAGCUACAACAUUGUCUUCAGGGCAGGUUACCUGGCUCUAUUCGGUAAUGAGACACCAAAAUCCACAGAGAGCAUGGAGAAAGCCAGAGAGGUCGACAGAGUGGAGUCCCAGGAGCUCUUCCUUGAGUUCCGUAAGUAUGACCAGCUCUUCCCCAAUCUGGCCUAUGGGGUCCUGCCUCCAGGGGAGAAGAGAGAGGCGGAGAGGCUGAAGAGGCUGUUCUGGAACAUGCUGUCAGUGCAGAAGGUGAAGACCAAGGAGAACAUCAGUGUCUGGGUGCACGAUCAGCAGCAGGAGAGGGAGGAGCACGGCAUGGAAGACUUCAUGCAGGACAGGUACAUGUUUCUUCUCCUUUGGGCCUCACAGGGCAACACAGGCCCUGCUGCCUUCUGGCUGCUCUUCUACCUCAUGAAGCACCCAGACGCCAUGAAGGCCGUGCAGGGGGAAGUGGAGGAGGUGCUUAAGGAGACGGGCCAGGAGGUGAAGCACGAAGGCCCUUUCAUCAACCUGACCCAGGACAUGCUGCAAAAGACACCCAUCCUGGACAGCGCCGUGGAGGAGACACUCCGCCUCACCUCCGCCCCCGUCCUCACCAGGGCCGUGCUCCAGGACAUGUCCCUUAAGAUGGCAGAUGGAAGCGAGUACCGCAUCAGAGAAGGAGACAGAGUAGCCCUGUUUCCUUACACUGCCGUCCAGAUGGACCCGGAGGUCCACCCGGACCCACUCACCUACAAGUAUGAUCGCUUCCUGACAGCAGAUGGGGGUAAAAAGACAGACUUUUACAAAGGUGGGAAAAAAAUUAAAUACUACAACAUGCCGUGGGGUGCUGGGAUCACUAUGUGCCCAGGACGCUUCUUCGCCACCAAUGAGCUGAAGCAGUUUGUCUUCCUCAUGCUCACAUACUUUGACUUUGAGCUCAAGAACCCAGAUGAAAAGAUACCUGAUAUUGACACCAAGCGCUGGGGCUUUGGGUCCAUGCAUCCAACCAGAGACAUCCAGUUUAGAUACAGACUCAGGUUUUAAAAAUGGUUGACUGACACAAACCAGCCUUUGACAACAUUUUGACAACUGUUAAUCUGAUGAUGAUUAUUAUAAACGAUGUGCCUAAACAUUAAUUUAUCUAGAGUACAUAGUACAGUAAAAUGUGUUACAGUAUUACAAUAACUGGAUAUAAUUGCUGUGUUAAUUUAGAUGAAAAAUAAUUUAGCUGUUCUCUCUUUGAAAAUGACUGGAAGGAAUAUUUUUGUUUAUGCUUUGAGUCAACUGGAAAGUAGAUAUUGCAUAAUUGAAAGCUGACAUAGAUAGAAAAGAAUCUGUCCUGUAAAGCCGGUGAGUAAUAGGAAAGGGUUACAGAAAGUAUUAGAAAUGCACAUAUGUUAUCUGUAAGUGAACUACAACAAAAUAUAUAAAGUUAACUUUAUCCCAUUACUCAACAAUAUGAAAGCAGACCUUAUUAAAUGGAACAGUCUUAUCAUACAGUACAUCUAACAAGUACACUCUUAGAAAAAAGGGUUUCCAAAGGGUUCUUCGGCAGUCCCCAUAGGAGAACUCUUUUUGGUUCCAGGUAGAACCCUUUGGGGUCAAUUUAGAACCAUCUGUGGUAAUGGUUCUACAUUGAACCCAAAAGGGUUUUACCUGGAACCAAACAGGGUUCUUCAAAUGUUUAUCCUAUGGGGACAGCCAAAGUACCCUUUUAGGUUCUAGAUAGACCUCUUCAGAAUGGCAUGGCUCCCAAAGUUUUAGUAUGUAUUCUAGGUAAUACCAAUUACCCAGAAAGUAUACUCGGUCACAACAGACUUUAUAUGGGUAAAUAAGUCUCAUAGAAUAUAAACAAAAGUCUUCCUUGAGGGUGGUUUCAACCUUCCAGACUUGGAAUUGUAUCAACUCGCUGAGGCUUUUACUUGCCUUAUAUAGUUAAAUGCGCUUAAGAGGAAGAUGUGCCUGCUCAUCCCCAGAAUCUUUUCAUGUAUCUAUUUUCAAAGGACAAAGCUAAGAACAUUAACCUCUUCAUAGUUAAGAAAAAUAAACAACAUGGGAGAAAAUGUAGCAUAUUCUACAAUAAACAAUAUCACUCCCUAAAUAAACAAUCCUUGGAUAGCUUUUCAGAAUUCAACAAUAAAUUGGUCCACAUGGAAAAACUAAAACGCAUAGAAACCGUAAAUGACUUGGUUAUAGGAAAUACAUUUAUUUCCAUGACAGCAUUAGAAAGCAAUUUUGGUACAUGAACAUUUAAAAGUUUUAUAUCACGAAAUUUCAAUUUGGGAUCUUUUUGUUUUUACAUCAGAGCAAUCUUGAGGGAAUCCUAUUUGAGUCAGACAAGGAUAUUCAUAUGAUAGGUAAGCUAUAUAAAACAGUGCAGAGAGCCUAUCCAACUGACAAUCUCUUAUAAACUAUUGGAACCAAGACUUAAAAGGAACUGAUGUUGGCACCAGAUGGAGGGAAUGUUGGAACAUAGCUAACGAAAUUACAGUAAAUGAAAAUGUACACUUAAUCCAGUGUUAACUAAUGUAUAGAAUUAAUUAUACAAGAGACAAAUUUGACAAAUUCAACAGCAUAAUGGCAGAGUAUGGCGACGACAAGAAGCAAAAUAGUGCAGUUGGAGGCCAUGUUGCCGGAGAGUGAUGCUGAGGGUGUGAACAUGUUGGUCUGGGCAGGUGUGAUAUAGUUGAUGUUUGUAUUGUUUCAAAACAUUUGAUAAAAUCUUACCCCCCCCAAAAAAGAAAGGCACAGGUGUUCAAAACCAACUCCAAGUAGGAGAUGAGAUGACAUUUAUUUAAAGCUACUGCUGUGUGCUGUAUUGUUGCUUUUAUUAUAUUUUUAGUCUGGCUCACUUGGAAAGUUAUUCAUUACACUUUCUAUAGUGUAUAAAUACACCCAGUCACUACAAAGAUACAGGCGUCCUUCCUAACCAAGUUGCCGGAGAGGAAGGAAACCGCUCAAGGAUUUCACCAUGAGGCCAAUGGUGACUUUAAAACCGUUAGACUUUAAUGGCUGUGAUAGGGGAAAACUGAACAUGGAUCAACAACAUUGUAGUUACUCCACCAUACUAAACUAAUUGACAUUGUGAAAAGAAGGAAGCCUGUACAGAAUACAAAUAUUCCAAAACAUGCAUCCUGUUUUCAACAAGGCUCUAAAGUAAUACUACAAAAAAUGUGGCAAAGCAAUUCACUUUUUGUCCUGAAUACAAAGUGUUAUGUUUGGGGCAAAUCCAAUUCAACACAUCCCUGAGUACCACUCACCAUAUUUUCAAGCAUAGUGGUGGUUGCAUCAUGUUAUGUUAUGGCUAUGCUUGUAAUGCUUGUAAUCGUUAAGGACUGGGGAGUUAUACAGGAUAAUAAAUAAACAGAAUGGAGCUAAGCACAGGCAAUUUUCCCAGAGGAAAAUAUGGUUAAUUUUGCUUUCCACCAGACACUGGGAGAUGAAUUCACCUUUCAGCAGGACAAUAACCUAAACCACAAGGCCAAAUCUACACUUGAGUUGCUUACCAAGAAGAAAGUGAAUGUUCCUGAGUGGAUGAGUUACAGUUUUGACAUAAAUCUAAUUGAAAAUACAUGGCAGGACCUGAAAAUGGUUGUCUAGCAAUGAUCAAUAACCAAUUUGACAGACCUUGAAGAAUUUUGAAAAGAAUAAUGGGAAAAUGUUGCUCAAUCCAGGUGUAGAAAGCUCUUGGAGACUUACCAAGAAAGACUCACAGCUCUAAUCGCUGCCAAAGGUGCAUAUACAAAGUAUUGACUCAGGGGUGUGAAUACUUAUAUAAACGAGAUAUUUCAGUAUUUCAUUUUCAAUAAAUUAGCAAACAUUUCUAAAAAUCAUAGUUUCACUUUGUGAUAAUGUGGCAUAGUGUGUAGAUGGGGGGAGAAAAAUACAUACUUAAUAUAUUUAAUUCAGGCUGUUACACAACAAAAUGUGGAAUAAGUCAUGGGGUAUGAAUACUUUCUGAAGGAAACGUAUGUCCUAGGCCACAGUGUGGACACAAAAGGCAGAUCAGUCUGAUGUUACUAAAGUUUUCCCAAAUCCACACUACAUGGACUACUCAGAAAAAGUAGCUAGAAUUAUAUCAUGUGGGGGCAAUCAGUUUAAUCCACCUUGAACCACAUAAAAAACUACUAGGCCUAUUCAGUGAGACUUGUACCCAUUUGUGCCCUUAAAGAGACUGCCUUUAAAAAGAAACGAAUCAUUUUGAACAAUGUCUAUGUGGCAUCCAUAUUAGUCAGAAGCAGUUGUUCUAGUGUCAAAAUUGACUACAUAGUGUAAAUAGGAUACUUUUGGUCAUAAAGUCAGUCUCUUCUAAAAAUGGAAUUUGGAACAUCCUGUGCGUCACAACGGGUAAAUGACCGUUGGGUUUUGAUUUGUCUACUAACAUACGGUGAACAGCUGCGGUGAUUGCUCUCUAUCCAAUAGCAUAUACACUGAGACAGACCUGCCAAGCAGCUACGACUUUGUUUACAUAAGAUAACACGUUGUGCAUUUUUUUUAAACUUGAGAAAUACUGCACCAAACACCUCAGUUAGAUGUAAAAUUGCUCAACUAAAACAUCCUCGGCAAAAAUGUAAAAAUAAAUUGUCACGCCGACUCAUGCUCCCUCCCGCAGGCGCUCGAAGUCGCGGUUCUACUAACCAUCAGCCCUGGCAACAAUUAUUAUGCACACAUGCUCCCAAUCAUUAAGCACACUUGGUCAUCAUUUACACUGUGAUUCCUCCCGCUUUAUUUAUCCCUCAGUUGACAUCAGUCAUUAGGUAAUAUUGUUCUCUCUCUCUUUCUGUACGCUGCUAAUUUUUGCUCAUCAACAUCGUGUCUUUAUUAAACUCACCUACUGCA